CCCGUUCCUCGCAAAGUGCAUUUCUAGUCACAGCUACUACUGCAGAAGCUUGGCGGUGAUAUAACGCAUGCAGGCGGGGUUUCUAUUUAGGACCGAGUCUUUUCGGCCUCCCAGCCAAACGGACCAACCACCCCAACCUCCAGCAGAGGUAUUUGCAAACCAACAGUUGGUGGAAUGUCCUUCUGGAACUGCACUGGGAACAUGUACGGACGUAGUGGGUGCGCUAAGAGCCCAGCCUUUAGCACCACUGACGCCAGCUAUUGAUGCGGCAAAUCUGCUUCCUGACCUUACACUGUUGAAAUUGCUUCCACGAAGCUUGUUGGAUGAUACAGAUUGUAACGCAGUAAUGAAGCGAAUAGAUGGGAUGACCCUUCCUGUGGUCCAGGAUCUAAUCGGCAAUGUGGAUAUCAGUUAUCUACGUCUCCGAACUUCGUCGUUUGCUUUACCACAUCGUCGACAUACCUUGUAUCAACAACGAGGUGGUAGUCGUGAUGGUGACCCACCCGCCCUGGCUCAAAAUAUAUUGAAUUUCUCUGCGAUGCUACCGAUCCAACGUACCCAAUCUCGGGCCAAUGUCGAUUUUGCGAUCCCGCGUACCUCAAUUUUCAACUCACAACCUUCACUACUCCAGUCAGCGUCAAUUCUCAACUCUGAUAAUGCAUCAGAAGUGCAUCCGCUGGUUGAGACGGCACAAAAUUUUGUAUCUCAUCCUGCUUACAUCGGCGCCGCGGAUUCGGCCACCAUAGAGUACGAUAAAGAGGUAGACCAGGGAUCUCUACGCACUACAACCUUACCGACGCCAAGUCCCGUUUUUCUUUCCCGAACCGUCUCAUUGUCCCAAAGAAGAUUGUCGGAUGCUCCAAGUCACCAGGAACAGAACAUUAUUUUUCCCCCAACACCGAAGGAAGUGUCAGGUGUCAUCAUGCACGAUCAGUCCAUGGACGGAGAGCGUGCUGUUGUAGGGCGAAAUGUACGUCAUGCCGCCGGACCGAUGGACGUAACACCAGGACAUCAUGAGCCAGAUAUUCCGGCUAUGCUUGAUGGCGAAAAUAGCACGCCGCGCGGACCAGGAUCAAUAAAGCGACGACGGACUUCUUUUGCGGAAGUUCAAGUUUUAAUCGAUGCCAAGAGGCGAAGCUUCUCCCCCGCCACUGCUGUCCCGAACAAUACCAACCAUAAUGUAUCUGAAUAUUCGCAACACAAUGAGCUGGACUCGAAAGACCCUUUGUCGCCAGCCUUGAAAAAAAGAAAACGAUCCGUCAACCCCGAAAGUGACGAUCAGCAUAGGGUGGCUGAUCAGUCUCAUUCAUUGAAGAGAUGCUCAGAACUCAUUGAAUCCCUGCUGGCCGCGGAGGAUUGUCUGCUGAAGGAGUCGGAGGUUGAUGAGGGUACUAGCUUAUUCUUUGACAGAGGUGGACUUGUAACUUGUGGAAUCUUAACUGAACUGAACAAGUACCUAAUCAAACUCGACACUGUCAACGAUAUUUUGCAAUUGAUCGAGGAGGUUGGUCGAUCUUCCAUGAAACGAUUGUCCAAGAUUGUUGAGGCACGUGUGAAAGAUGCAGAAUAUUUGGACCCCGGUUUCGGCAACUUUGGCAGAUUACGAGCAACAAAGCAAAGUAAAAAAAUCAGCGGUGAAGAACACGACGGUGGAACGAGCUUCGUUGGUGCAUCGCCAAACAUGGAAAGGACGUCGGGUAACGGGAUAUCGGAAGAAGACUAUGGUCGACAUUUUGGUGCCGCAAUGACAAGAAUCGAAACUAGUCUAGAUGCGUGUUUGACAGCAUUCCUUCUGUUGUCUCGGGAGGGCCGAACUCCAGCUUCAGAUAAAGGGGCCGUUGAUACAAUUUUCAGCGAAGAUCUGACUCUUUCCUGUUUAAAUCUUCUGAAGACACAGCUGAACCAAACACUGUAUGCGGCGCUCCAGUUAAUGACUCGAGAAGGAGACGAACUUACCUCCGAUGUGCAGCGGAUGCGCGCAGGUUGUGAUAGAAUCAAAUUGACAUCGCGGUUAGCAGUAGUUGUCGUCAAAAUCACUCGGAUAAUGGACCGGAUGUGUGAUUGUCUGGAUAUGGGCGUGUUUGGCGAUGAUUUGGUUAUCACCGUCGCCUUUAUAGCUCUAUCUCCUUUUUUUGCUGAGGGUGCCGCUUUUGGAAACGCAAUUGGUUUGGAUAAAUUGCAACUCCGUGGUAUAUAUUUGAGUCGAACGAUCUUUGGGCGGUAUGCCAAGCACCGAAAUUUCAUGCUAGAGGAAAUCUGUGGAAAUUGCAGCAAGUUAGGUGGAAGCAAAAAGAUAUCAAAGCAAUUUAAACUCGCGGAUGGGACGUCUGUUCAGAUGGUGACGGCGUUGGUGCUGCAACUUGUACAGAGCUGCUGUUUGCACAUCGCGCUCGAGCAGGCUGCGAAGGACCUUCUGCGGCGAUCAUCGGAAACGAGUGAGGACUCAGCAAAAGUGCAGCUGAGAACUACGACAUCACAGGAAGAGAAGCGAUCUAACAUGGCAACGGAUGAUGUGCACGUAGAAGGAUAUUCAGAGGAGCAGGGGGAAUGGCAAUCAAUCGAAAAGUUUUCGUUGGCGUGCAAGAGCGGAAUAGACGCCGCAUCGCAUUGUGCUCACUAUUUUCUCCGAUUUCUGCUAAAUCGUUGUACACAGCCAACAUGCGAGUCGUUAACCCCCAAGGUGGAAAGAGGUCGUGGGGCACGGAAAGGUCAAUCAAGUAAUGAUGCAGAAUACAAGGCGUUUUUGGACGGGUUCUUGCAAGACCUCUUGGUUAUGCUAAAUACCCCUGAGUGGCCGGCCGCCGAGCUGCUGAGCAUGAUUUUUAGUCGCCUGGCGGUGCAAGUGCUUGACGAUGUCAAAAGACAAGGGGAUACUGCUAUCAGAGCCAUGGCCGUUGAGUGGCUUGGAGCUGUUUGUGCAAAAAUACGAGCGCAACCUUUCAAGCAUCGACAGGCUGGCAUGCCCGAAAUCCUUCUUCGACUCCCAAGCGCUGACUUAACGCCAGAUACCUCCGUGAGCAGCGUAAGCGCGUUACGGGAACUGCAGAACCUAGUCAUGAGAUGGCUCGAUGCUGGCCGGACGGAGGACCCUACCAUAUUGACUGCGAAGACGUUUUUCAUCUCAACCUGGGCAUAUGGGAUCAGGUUAACACCAUCGGAACAAUGGUCGGUCGGGCUGAAAGAUACAGUCCGAACACUGUUUUUUGAUUAUGGUGAAGCGGUUCUUGAUAUCCCUUUGAAACCGUACUAUCAUUCGACGUCCAACAUAUUGGCCUCGGAAGCGGUUAAUAGCCCUUUUGGAGCCACGCUGGAAUUGCGCCCCACGAUAGGAUUUUGUGUGGAAGCACUUGCUGCACGACAGGCUCUGUACGAGUCAUUCGAGCAGUUUAUGGUUCGCAUUGGGAAUGCUCUUGACUCGGAGGUCGUGAUGCUCAGAACUAAGGCACUCAAAGCAUUGCAAGGAGUUUUUGUGGCGGAUUCGUCUGUACUUGGGUACGGAAAUAUGCGCAAGCUUCUCGAGGCCCGUAUGAUGGAUUUGAGCACCAGUGUGAGAGAUGCAGCUAUUGAGCUUGUCGGAAAAUUCUUGAUAAGUGGUGAUAAACAACUCAUCAAAGAGUACUACCCAAUUAUCAGUGACAGGAUAAUGGAUGUUGGUGUCAACGUUCGUAAGAGGAUCGUAAAACUUUUGAGAGAUAUUUAUAUGAGGGAAGUCAAGUUGGAAGGGGAUGACGACAAAUCCAUAGUGGUGGAUAUUAUCGUGAAGUUACUCGGUCGUCUCGUGGAUGAGGAGAAUUCCGUUAAGGAUCUGGCAUUCAAGUCAUUGCAAGAAAUAUGGUUUACUUUCAACCAUUCGGAGGUCCCGGGAUUUGGGCAUGAAGCGCAUAGUCUACCUUGUAAACAUGAACCACCCAAGUGGGCUAGUUGGAGUUCUUUAUCCACGUCAACUCGCAGUGAUAUCCGCAAGCGAGCGCUGCUAAUGGUCGAAGCCGUUGCUAGCCACGCAAACGCCCCGAACUUAUUUGGCAACUUAGUGCGGAGAUGUUUACUGGACACCGGCAAAGUGGACAGAAAUGAUAUCAUGAACGUUUGCCGAACCGCAGUCGAAUGUCUCAUAGAAGAAAUACUAUGUUUGGAGGAACGGAGCUGCAAGGUGGCGAUUAAGGAUAUUUUGAGCCUUUUGCAAGAGUUCAGUGCAAUAUUUCCCACUCUGAUUGCGCCGCACUUAAAGACACUUCAACCAUACUUGAAGGGACCUGUGCACGAUGGCGGGACUGAACAAAAGAUUGCCCAGAUUGUGAUCGUGAUCAUCCAUAACAUCAUCUCCGUCAUUCAGCAUCCGGAUUUAGAUGAGUGGACUUCCAUUGAAGUCGACCUGACCACAGCAUUGAAUAAAGGCUCUCAACAACUCGUCGCGGUUGCGGUACCGUGUCUGUGCGCCAUCGUAGCCAACAUGACCAGGCAUUAUCACAAAUUGACCAAGGUGCUUAAAACUUGUAUAGAUUUCACCAGAAAGACUGAAGCUGCUGUGAUGUCGAAAAAGAAUGUGCCCGCCGGUGCCUGGCGAAUGACGUGGCGGUGCUUGUUGAUUGUAGCACAGUUAGCGAGAUAUUAUGACUUUGAUGGAAACCGUGCGAAACUUGGGGAGCCUGCAUUAAAAGACCUGCGGGAAAUUACCUCAGGUUCUAUCCUGAAUGCGGUCUGUGAGCUCGUUCUAUUUUUCCUGGAACCAAGAAGUGAAGAAGGCACAAAAGCGAUUGCACUUACCGCGCUAGGACACCUUUUCAUGGCAUAUCCUCGCCUUAUGCUGCGGGAUGACGUCCGCUCAGUGAUGAAUGUCGUCUUCGCUGGGCAGUCAAUCCUUUUAAAAGUUAAUCUGCUCAAAGUAUUUCUGGACUUCUUAAAGAAUGAGCAACAAAAAGACGCACAGAAGAAAGACAACGCCGUCCAUGAGCACAUCGACAUUAAAGUCCUAAUCGGCAAUGCUGAGGAGAUGGCCGAGGCCGGCAUUAGUAGUUCCGUCAUGCAAACAUAUUUGGACCGUAUGCUCGAUUGCCUCUUGAGCAGCAAUUUGCAGCUCAUGCGCGUAGCAUUUGAAGUGACUGAGCUGAUAUUGGAGCAAGGUCUAGUUCAUCCUCUAUUGUGUAUGCCGCCGAUUGUGGCCCUAGAAGCAAAUCCAGUACCUGAAAUCCGAGAUCGCGCACUGAGGCUUCAUGAAUAUCUUGCUGAAAAACAUGCCAGUUUCAUCCAUGCGAAGAACAUGGAUUGUGUCAAACAGAUGUACGAAUAUGUAUCAGCCUUGACGAAGGCGACUGAAGGUGAAAUAAAGAUUGGGUCAAGCACCGUAAUGGGAUAUUUCAAAAUCGAGAGCGUAGGGGAUGGCGGUACAAUUACCUCGUACGAAGCAAUGCUUGGACGAAUGUAUUCAUUGAUACAAGGGAUACGACCGCGGCGAAACGAAUUCUUGAUGAAUAUGGUAAAGCUUCUGGACGUGCCUUUGACAACUGAAGCCGGACAUAUGAUGGACAUCGAUUAUUGUCGCUUCGUUGCGGAGAAUCUGGCGCUCUUUGAAUAUAAAACGCAGGAGGAAGUACUGCAAGUGAUAUACCACGCUUACCGUGCCUUAUCGGUUGGGGGCGAAACAAUUCUGCGCUAUGUCGAAUCUUUAGAUGACGUGAGCGUUGCUGAUGAGGGGAAAGAAAUGCCACUCCUUGUUGUGGCGAAGGCAUCACUUGGCAUGGGCAUGCUGCUUCUAUUACAAACACACUUGCAGAAUUUAUAUGCCUUGUCUUCCGCGCGAGUGUCAGGUUACCGACCCAAUGAUGGUCCCCGAUCGGCGGAGAAACCGGCGGCAAGAGCUUCGGGAGCACCUCUCACCUUGUCCUGGGAGCGCAUGCCAUUUGCAAAGGACAAGGUCAUGUCGACGGAGGCCGACUACAGAAAGCAAUGUCGAAAGUUCAAGGAAUUGAUAGAUGCGGAUUACCGUACAUCUCGUGAGGACGUUGAACCUAGAGAAGGAGAGGAAGCGCAAUUCGCAACAGCAACUCCUGAUAAACAUAGUCCGAGGCAAAUGGAAGAUGGGAGUCCUAGACCGUCCGAUUCGAAGAUGGUUACAAAGCGGAGCCGGACCGCCAAUGGAGAUACAACUCCUCGUCGACGCAGCUCGGCUACCAAGCGCAAAAGCAAGUCGGGUGCAAAAGGGGGAAGAGGCAUUUCGGUGACACCAACCAAAAGGAAGAGGAAAUCCAUUAUUAAUGUGAGCAGUGACGAAAUGGACACGGAUAACGAUCCUGAUUUCAUCCUUGCCUGUCCGAAAUGAAACCCGCCCUGCAAUGAAGUUGGGCAUAGUUUCGAAUUGUAUAUACACGGUUGCUAGAUAUAGAGAAUUUCAAAGCCUGAUUCUGUAAUUACAUCUGCAUGUUCAAAUGGACGUUGCUUUUCGACUC